AUUCUCAUCAGUUCACAUUUGAUCCAAACACUGUAAAUAAACACAUUCAUCUGUCGGAGAGGAACAGAUUGGCUACAUACACCGACACAGUCCAGCGGUAUCCUGAUCAUCCGGACAGAUUUGAUGUUUAUUAUCAGGUGCUGUGUGGAGAGAGUGUGCAUGGAUGCUGUUACUGGGAAGUGGAGUGUAACGGUGAUGUGGGUAUAUCAGUGUCAUAUAAACACAUCAGUCGCAAGGGAACGGAUACUAAGUGCUUGUUUGGAUAUAAUGAUCAGUCCUGGAGUUUGUUCUGCUCCUCUUCCAGAUACUCAUUCAGGAACAAUGAUAUGGAGACUGAUCUGCCUGUUUUCUCCAGAUACUCUAGAAUAGGAGUGUAUGUGGAUCACAAAGCAGGAACUCUGUCCUUCUAUGGUGUCUCUGACACAAUGACCCUCAUCCAAAGAGUUCAGACCACAUUCACUCAGCCUCUCUAUCCUGGGUUUAGGCUGUACAGUGGAUCAACGGUAAAACUCUGUGAUUUAACAAUAUAGAAUAUUCCUAUAUAGCUUUAAUCAGUAAUAGUAAGAUGUCAGCCUGUUCUCACUCCUGAGAUUUCCAAUGGCACUCGUUCAUGAGCUCUGUGUGUCAUUAUAAAGUGCUUUUUAAUGUCUGUUUACAAAUGCUGAUUGUUUUCAGUUAAACCUUUGGAUGAGAUUGAUACUUUUAUGAUCAAAGCUAGUUUCUCAAAAUAUCUUGAUGAUUUUGCUGUCUAUAAUGUGUCUGUACUUUUAUUUACUAUAUUUAUUAUACAUUUAAUUAUAUUCAUUUAUUUAGCUGUUCCUGUAUCUGGAAAAUUAAGAGAUAUUAUUGUGUUUAUAAUAGAUGUUUUUGAUGACCUAAAACCACCCACACCUCCUUGAAUGUGGUCACAUCUCAUUCAGAAUAUAAAUGUGAACUUUAGCAUGUUGCAUUUGUGACACACCAAUGCCACACCAAGCUAAAGGCAUUUCACAACCGAGCUGUUGCUUCUUUUGGUGACAAACUUUGAACGUGUGCCAGAUUGUUACGCCGAUUGGGACUUUGAUUAAAUUUUGGUCUGGUCCUCGUACAGACUAAUA